CUUCUAGAAAUGUCACGGUGUUUUUCUAUGAGUUCUUUUUGGGAUAUUCAACAGUUGCUUCAGUGGAGGUAACCUUAGUGGUCGUGUCUAACUGCGUACCAACAUGUUGAAGUUUAUCAUAUUUGCUCUCACAGUGGCUCUGUGUGAAGCUGGGCCAGCCAACAAUGUGGUGAGACCAUGCAGACUUGAUGACCUGAAAUGUAUCCGUGACAACAUAUCCGCUAACUCGAACUGCAACGCCAACGUUCGGGGUUCGAUUCCCUCGGAAUAUGUCAUCCCCAGAUUCAAUUUCGAGACGCCAUUUUUCAACGCUUCGUACAUAGACAACAACUUGAUCAUCAGAAACAACGAUGCUUGCCGGGUCUCGGAAUUUUUCUUCAAUGUAAAAGCUGACACAUCUGUCCUGUCUGUCGACUGCCCCAACUUGGACUUGGAAUCCGACCGCACCCUGAUCCAGCACGCAUCAUUACAGGAGGAUACCACGUACAACUAUCACAUCCGAGGAAUCUACCCACUGAUCCGUCUAACGACCAAUCUCCUCAACGCAGACCGACUAAAUCUUUGUAACGCAUUCACAUAUGCCGACGUCACUGCUCUGCCGAUAUUCAAGAUCGAUCCUAAAGACAGACCAACUGCCAACUUCCUGUCCCGCGACCUGUCCUUGCUCAACAUCUACGAGAGAGAGACGUUCGCGUACCGCGCUCCCCAGCUCAUACGCCAAUUUGUUAACUCACUUAUUUGUGAUUUUGGCUGCCAAUAAGAUUACCUUUAAAAGUCCGUUCGGACAAAUUUUUUUUA